UGUAUUGAUAAAUCAAUAUGUUUGAUCUGUUUAUUUAUACAUUAAUUCAUAAUUUAUUAAUAUAACAUUUGUAUGUAAUCAUAACAUAAUUAGCAGUGCAGACGAUAUUCACCGGCAUGUUUACUAGUUACUACGGAGGGAGUACGAACUGUCAGAAAUUCAACAAGUUAUUUGUGCCAAUCAUUUAUCAAUAUAUUUUACAGGCACUCACAGUAUUCCAAUUUAAAAGUCUCCUGUAAGAAGCAGUAGCUUGGGAAUUUCAAAUAAUUCUCUGUACUUCAUAAUGGAAUAUGCAUUUGGUGGAUUAGCUGCAUGUGGAGCCUGUUUGUUUACAAAUCCAUUGGAUGUUGUUAAAACUCGAAUGCAACUUCAGGGAGAACUGCUUUCCAGAGGAGCAUAUUCUGUUCUAUACAAAAAUUCACUUCAUGCAUUUUAUGUUGUGGCAAAGAAUGAUGGAAUAAAGGGCUUACAAAAGGGGCUUGUACCAGCUCUUUGGUAUCAGAUGACCAUGAAUGGCACCCGACUUGGUCUAUACCACUUCAUGGAAAAUCGAGGAUGGACACACAGUCACGGAUCUGUAUCAUCUGUCUUUAGCAUUGCUGCUGGUGCUGUUUCAGGAGCUUUAGGGGCAUUUACAGCAAGCCCAUUCUAUCUUAUUAAAACACAACUUCAAAGCCAGUCCAGUCAAACCAUUGCUGUUGGUUGCCAGCAUAAUCACACAGGAUUUUUAUCUGCAAUACAAAAGUUGUAUUACAGCGGUGGAAUUACGGGUCUUUGGAGAGGAGUAACAGCAUCCAUGAUGCGAACAGGCGUCGGUUCCGCUGCUCAACUCUCUACGUUUACCAAAAGCAGAGAAACUAUCAACAAUCUAAAUAUAUUACCACAUAAUUCCUGGAAGUCGACUCUUGCAGCAGCAAUGUUGUCCGGCGUUGCGGUUGCAGUUGCGAUGACUCCGUUUGACGUAAUUUCGACUCGAUUAUAUAAUCAGACACUGGACAGAUAUGGAAAAGGAGUCUAUUAUUCCGGUCCGUUUGACUGUUUAAUCAAAGUAUUUAAAGCAGAAGGUUUUUUUGGCCUUUACAAGGGUUGCCUCGCGAAUUAUCUGCGAGUCGGUCCGCAUUCUGUUUUAACAUUGACAAUCUGGACGUUUCUACGUGAAACAAAAUUUGAGGGUAGUACAUGAUAUGUGCCUUGAAAUCAG